CGCACCACACUUCACGUCAUCAGUCGCUCACUGGUCCGCGUGAAGGGAGGGCGCACCUCUUCGCGUCGCUUCUAAACUAUUAUCAGAAAACAAACGUUAAUAGUUUAAUCCAUUAUUUGUUGAACAAGCAACGGUGCAAACUAUACAAGUAUUUGUGUCAUUAAACCGUGUAACUUUAACAUCAGUGUGUGUUCCAAUAUUAUCACGAGGAUUUCGUUUAUAUACAUGGUAUCGAGGAAUCAUGCGAUCAACAUUAUCGGCGCAGCGCUCAUCUGAAAACUAGUGACGUCAUAAAGCCUUGACGUUGAGAUACAAAUCCUCUUUCCAAUCGAGUUUAUCAGUGGCGCAAGUCGAGUAUCGACAGUGCGAUCGCAAGUGCGCAUCACUACAAGUUCCGAAUUCGAAUUCCGUGCCGCGUUUAAGCGGUGGUAACAGUUAAGUAGGACUCGCGUGUGAAGUGGACGUUAGAGAAUAGUAAUGGCGAGCACCGGCAGUGAAAUUUGGCUGCAAUGGUUCGCGUGCUGCUACCAGCCAGCCGCGCAGGCGCAGCGCACGCGGCGGAGAAUAGACAGAUCCAUGAUCGGAGCGCCGACCAACUUUCAACAUACAGGACACAUAGGUUCGACAGACGUGGACAUCCCGUCGUCACUGUUACACACGAUGCAGAACCAAAUGCAGAGCAAGGGUGGCUACGAGAUGGCGUAUGGUGUUAAGGUUUAUUGAUGCGCGCAGGCCGCUCCCAAGGACGCUAGUGAUAAAACUAAGUGAUCGAAUAAAGUGUGAACAUGAUCUAAACUUUAUUUAUUAAUGCCUAAGUUAAGUGUAAACUUUAAGUUUUGUUGUGUACAUAAGAAAGUAAACCGAAUUCAGAAUAUUAGCGAGUUACCCAAAAUUUAUGUUAGUUGUGUAUUGCUUUCUCGUAAACGUAUCUUGUAACUUUUGUUCCUUUUUUCUCCUUUUAUUUUUAAGGACUUGUCAAUUCAUUUGUGGUGAUGAAGAAUGUACAUAGCUAUUAAAAACUUGUGACGACGGGAAAUAUACAACUUCGAUCAUCCUAACAUGGACAUAGCAAUGUAUUAGAAACUAUUUACUCCAUCUUUGUACGUCUUUGGAGUAUCUUAUCUAGACACUGGGUAGUGUAUCUGUGACUUCUACCUACCAAGUUCGCGAAAUCAAGACGAAUAAAUUCAGUCUGUAACUGUACUUAUGUAAUAAAGUGUCUUGUGUAUUGUGACUUAUAGAAUUAUAUUUAUACAUAUUAAUACGUAAAUACAUUAUGUGCUUACUUAGUCAAAAUAUAUACAUGUUGAAAUAGACAAAUUGGAAUUAUUGAAUCAUCAAAUUGGAGGCGUUGAUACGAAAAAUCUAUUUGACGUGUCAGAGAAUUGCAAUAAGGUUAUUGAAAUCAAGCAUAUACUUAGCUAUGGAUAUUAAAAAUGACGUGCAAGAAAGCUAGAGUGAACUAAUCGACUGGUCUAGUCGAAGAGCGCAACUAGUGUCUUACUGGUACAAAAUACACAGCUUCGAAAUGAUGAUUCAAUAGUUAUUUAAAUAAAAUUGUAUUCAUACAUAAUAUUAUAACUAUUAUAACCAAAUAAUUAUAACUAAACUACAUAUAUAUUCUCAACAAUACUUCCUAUUCCAGAAAAAAUAAUGAAAGUUCAAUGAAAGUACCGAUUUCAGAAAAAAAAAAUGGUACCUACAUAGCCUUCAAUUUGCAAUAAAUAUAUUAAGAUUAGUGUUUCUUUUUUGUAGUAGGAUAAAUGUUGUGAAGAGACUAUUUCUUAUAUACUUAAGAAGAUUCGAAUAUUAUCAUAAUUUUCAGAUUGUCUGAUGAUUUCAGAUUAUGACUUGCAUGUUUUCUAAUUUCACCUAUUUGAAACUGUCUAGACUUUUUGUUUGCAUUUGGCUUUACUCAGCUCAAUGAGGGUUUUUGAAAUUUUUUCUGCCACCGGGUGGCGCCACGUAUGCGUCUGGUCCAAACAGCUGUCAAAUAGUAUGGAAUUGUAGGUGCCGAACUUAUUGUUUAUUGAAAUUCUGUUAUAUUGGAAGUGUUAUUGAUUUUAUUACCCAUAUAACCAUUUUUGCGAACAUAACGUAACCGUUUCGACACUUAGUGUCGACACUGAUCUAUCUCGAAACAUAAUCUCGUCGACGUUCCGUGUUAGCGCCGUCGCUGCAACUAAAAAUGGGGAAGAUCUCGACACAAUAAACAAGUAACAUUUGGUUUCUAAUUUACGUCGCCGUGUCGUAACAUUGUUACCAUAUUUUAACCAGAGAUCGCACUAAUCAUUCAAUCAUUCAUUCGUUCGAUCAAUUUCGUUGGCUCGUGCGUGAGUGACACGACGAAUAAUACAAAAUACAAGAAAUCCCAAAAUGAUGGUUGAAGUAUGAUAAUGAUAAUGAAGUAAACAAAGUUUUAGUUUUCAUUAAUUAAUAUGGUUUAUAAUGCUCAAAUCUUAUUGGGAAAAAAAGUUUACUGUGUAAUUUCUUUGAAUAUGUUGAUAUUUCCAACGCGCCACCGUAAUAUCAUGUUUUAAUAAUUCUGGCGAAAGAAAAACUUUUGUUAAAUAAAAUAAAAAUAUAAAAUGAUGCACAUCGAGUGCUCAAUAGCUUCCAUUUAAAUACAAUAUCAAAUAUUUUAAUCCUAAUACAAAUUAUUUUAGCAAGAUUUACUCAUUAAAUUGGUAAAUAAUGAACUAUGAAAAAACAUUUUUGAUGUUUGUUAUGAUAAAUAUGCUCGUCGCAACUAGUCACAAAGUUACGAUAAUGUGUCGACACGUGUCGACAUGUUACGGUAAAUUGUUACAAAAUUACUAGAUUUUUAAGAUGGUUUCUCUUAAUAUUUGGUUACAGUGUUUUCCAAAGUUUUUAUCAAGUCAACAUGCCUUUUUGCAUUGUUCAUCAGAAUUAAUAUCGCUUGUGCCGGUUACUUGGGUUAAAGACGAAGACGUCUUGUUUUGGCCGAGAAAAAGAAAAAACUGCGAUUUGGAGCUCGAAAGUUGAAACUUUGGCACUAGGGUAGGGACUAUACCAAUAAGCUCCUCCACUAAAUUCCGUACUGUUUUCCUGUAAAUGGCCUAGAAAA